GUCGGCGCGAUGAAGUUCACGUGGCCACGCCUUCUCAAGGGACCCAUGGCGCAGCGCUUGACGCUCGUCGGCGUCUGCGCCUACGUGCUCGCAGUCACGGCUUUCUUCAUCGUCCACCAUCAGUACACGGCGACGACCGCGCAAAGCAUUCGGCACGUCUUGGUGGCCAGCCUUGCGCCGCUGCGGCACGCCGACUGUAGCUACCAAACAAAGGAAUUUUCUCAGCGCUACGAAGCGAUCUAUGCGGCUCCGCCGUCCCCGCCGGCGUCGCUCGAAGCCCUGCGACGGUACCUUUGCGUGAACCAUUGAGGCCACCAUGGCUCAUCCUUCUCUGCGUAGCCACUCGGAUGCGCAGGCGCAAAUAUCGUGGGCCAACUGUCUGCCCAUGCGCACAGUAGUCUGCGGCGUCACCGCCGGGUCGCAAGACUCGCUCUUCACGCAAUCGCCGCCGUGUCGGUCCGCGGUUUUGCACCACCUACUUGUCGCGACUGCCGCUGCCAUUGAAGAGCGCGGCUAUAACGCCAUGCCGAUUGGCAAGGGUCUCGAGCAUCUCUGGCAACACGGCGCGCUGCCUCCCAACGCCACGGCCAUUGACAUGCUCACGGACGCCCCGAGCGAUCUCGCUUCGUGGUUUUGGGCGCGGGGGUUUGCCCACUUUUUUGACAAGACGGCCGGCCGCGCGGUCACAUGCAUGGCGCCUCACCACACGCUCGCGACUCUUCUCUACGCCGACGAGGCCGUUAAUGCGACGUCACCGCACCUGCGCUGGUCGCGGAUGCACUCUGUCGAUGACGUCUUCAUCGUAUCACCCGAGAAGAACCACGUCUACGAGCAGGCGCACUUGAUGCCACUGGGCUGUUUGCCGCUGUACAAUGCGUCGAUCCUUGCACCGUCGUUGCCCGCUUCGUUCUUUACAGCGGGGCACAGUCGACCAUCCAAGCACGCUGACGAGAUCGAUGCGACGUACCCGAACCCCAAGUGCCAAGUCUCCUGUGAACACGACACGCCGGCGUUUCAGCGCGACGUCCACGCCAACGUUGCGCACUGUCCGCUGCGGAACGAUGCCGAGUACAACGCGCGACUUGCCGGGUACUUGCGCCAGCCGCUGCCGCUGCAGCUCUCGCCCGCGCAUGCGCCGUUCCUCGCGCCGUUCAGCAACACGACCAAGCUCCGCCAAGGAAAGGAGUGGGAGUACUGCCUCCCAAUCAAGCCGCAGCUGUGUGGCGCACGGCGCGGUGUCAAGGCGACGCUCUUUGAGACGCCGCAAGGCAAGCCGUGCCGGUCGGCUGUGCUCCAGCUGCUGCUUGAAAACAUGCUUGAGGUCGUCGAAGAGCUCCAUCUCCCGUCGUUUGUCUACUUUGGCACCCUACUCGGGGCAUGGCGUGACGAGGCCAUCAUUCCGCACACGGCUGAUGUCGACGUCGUCCUGCCGUCGUUUACAGACUGGACCAUUCUCCAAGAUGUCAUGUGGGCCCGAGGCUUCUACGUCUUUGAACGUGAUAUCCACGGCGCUUGCGUCGCGUCGCACCACCCGCUCGCGUCGCUUCUGUAUGCACCGAAUCAAACCCGAACCGACUCGUCGAUGCACGGCACGCCGUACCUGGAUCUGUACAUGUGGCGGAAAGAGUACUCGGCGUCGACGGCGUAUAUCCAGGUCGAGACGGCCAACGCCAAGCUCAACGCGUCCCAAGUAUUUCCGCUGACAUGCGACCACACGAUCUUUGGUAGUCCCGUGCCUAGCAUCCAACACCCGGAAGCCAUGUUCAAGAGCGAGUAUGGCGACACGUACGACGUGGACCCCAACUUGCGCUUGGCUGCAUGCGAGUCGUACUGCGACUAUCAGCUCGUCCCGAACAAGAAUGUCUCGCGCACGUAGAUUCAAAGGAGAAUUUGAUAGGUAGAGAAAUCGAUGGAUUUUACAUCGCAGA